UGUCAGCAGAGUUCGCCUUCGUUUUACAGUGGCCGUACUGAUUUACUUGCGGCGUUAAGAGCUCCCAUAUAUGAAUCACCCGUACAUACGUCCACCACAAUUACGCCUAAACUCGAAGGCGAAAAUCCAUUAGUCGCGGCGUUGAACACGCUCGAGAAUCCUCCGUACCACUCUAACUUGUCUAUCAGAUGAGUGGCGCACACUUACCAACCUCCUACUGUAGUGGACUGGCCUUCUAUCAUCAUUCUCCUAAGAUAGAAUAUCAAGACAGGUUUGCAAGAACUCCCGUGCCUUCAAUCUCAUGGCGUAACAGUCAAACGGCAAGGAAGUCUACGGGCGGUCGAAAACCUUCACGACCCAAAGCGCAAAGUGGCUCCUUCUUUUCUCAUCCUGCAACCCCGGCAUCAGUGCCAAGCUCAAGUACUGUCCUACCUUUCAAUAAAAGUACUGUGGACCCGGAUACAAGUCACCAUGAUAUACCGAGAAGAAUGAAACAGACAGCAAGAAAAUCUACCGGUGGGAAAGGGAGAGAACACCGCCCACAUGGAGAUGCGUAAGAACAGCACUGUAUACUAAUAUGCAAGCGAAUGGGAUAAUAACUCAUCUGAAGGCGCGAAGGGCCCAGGCGCGCU